UUACACUCCAAAAAAGUUAAAUUCAUUAUUUUCAUAUGUCUUUUUACAAGAGUUAAUAAUAAGUUAUUUGAUGGUAGUUGAGGAACUAGUUACAAAGCACUGAAAGAUUAGUUUCAGAACACUUACUAGAGGCCGCGAUGGAACAAUAUUUAAUGGGUUUUUUGAGUGUAGUUAAGGUAACCAGAACAUAGAACGAUAUGUCCGUGUCUGUGUCUCACUAGUGACAUGUUUUUGCAAUUUUAGAUCUUUAGGUUACAGAAGAGUGAGUGUAGUCUCGCAUGUACCAGCGUAUUAACGCAAAGCUCUCGAUGCUAAUGGAGUUUACGCAUUCCCCUCAUUUUUGUUUGUUAUCUUGAUUUGUCUUCUUAAUCGAUUAAUGAGAUUUGUGCAUCAAUAAACUACUGUUGCUUAAAUCUACCAAAUUGAAUGAUUGAUGCCACCUUCAAGGAAUGAAAAAAUGAAAACAACAUUUUAAAAAUUUCAUGUGUCCGAAUCGCUUUUCUAGAUUAACCUUCAUCAGGAACGCCCAAAGCCGAAUAUUUGAAAGCCAAGGAUGUAUAUGAACUGAAACAGUUGAAGAGUUAUAUAACCAAAAAAGAACCUAAAAAAAAUAGCCAAAUCCAUCAAAUUUGCCUGAGGGAGUUGAAACCUUAGUUUCUUUAAUUUCAAAAUUUAUAAACGGACAAUUUUAGAAAGGUUUGUUAUAAAUCAUGUCAGUACCGAAGUCGUGACUACUGAGCUGAAGAUACCCUAGGGGACUGAUAGUCCACCAGCAGAGGUAUCGACGAAAGAUUGUAUAUAACAAAAAUUACCAUUGCAUACAUGUACCGUAUAGGAAACAAUAAUAAUUCAAAAUCACAUACUUAAUGAUACAUUUAAUCUUACUAAUUUUAAGUUUCAAUGUUUCCUAAAUAUCUAACUUCAUUGUAACAAAACAAAAAUAACCCUAAUGAAGGCAUUUGCACAAACUUGUAUUUAAUUAAAUUGGACAAAUAAGUUCCCAUUCAGACGUUUAUUAUUUGGAUUGCGUUUGAUUCAGUAUACCAGUUUCUCUAAUUCUUUUACAAUUUAACCCUUUCCGGACCCAUUGUAUAAAAAACUUUAAUCAACGUGUGGUUUUUGAUGAUCUUGGAAAAUGAUUGGAUGAGUUUAACCUUUAUCAGCUCACUGGAUGAAAGCACUCGAAGCGGAUUUUAGUCUAUCAAAAAUACAAAUUUAUUUGAUAUUCAUUAAGGAAACAGAUUCUUACAUAGUUACUUGUGGAUUAUCUGAUUUACCCCAUCUCAAUUGGAUAAAUCCGAUAAUCCACUGGUACCAAUGUAAGAAUCUAUAUCUACGUAUAGAUUAUGCGUUAUAGAAUACAUGUUAUUCAUGGAAUGAAUAAGUUAAUUUUUAUUUUGUUUUUACAUAUUUGGUUCAACAAAUAAUUGCAGUCCAAAGGCUUUAUGUACCUACAGAUGUGGCAUACAAAACUGGGAGUGUUUAUGUUACUCUUUCUACAUGAUGUGAACGGUAUGUUUACAAUACAGUCAACAUCGUAUACACAUAGUCAGGCAAGAACGGGCUGCUGGAAAAUCAAUGCUACUUUACUAACUGUAACAAACUUUUCGUUUACCUACCUCGAAAGGUUGAUUUUUGACACAGCUCCAGAGGAUUUCGAUGGUUGGCACUUUUGGACUGACAACAGAGCCAAUCAACUAACUUAUAAAGAAGGACAAACCUAUGCUGAUUUCCCAUUAGAUGAGGAGGAAGAUUAUGGUGAUACCAGAUUAACAUAUUGCGUGUAUGGAACAUAUAACUAUAUUGAAAACAGAUUUGAAUGGGUUCCAGUUAAUUGCAAAAAUAUGAGCUAUCAGUGGAACAGUAUAUGUUUUUUGUGUGUUCCUUUUUACACAGUGAAUACAGAUGCUGUUAUGUAUACAAAAGAAGUCACAUGGCGAACAGCACGUAGAAUGUGUCAGACUGCAGGAGGAACUUUGUCUGAUUUUAAUACAAUUUUCUUUACGACAUAUUUUGAGAGCACAUGGGCAGGUAUAACAAAGUUCUGGACAGAUUAUCAUUCAGAAAAGUAUGUAAGGGAAUUACAAUCCAAGCCAUUUCCCACCGACAUCAAAAGAGAAAAUACGUUCUGUGUGUAUGCUGUGUAUGCAGAUCGUAAAUUACAGUGGUCUACAGAAUCAUGUGACGCCAGACAUAGUUUUCCUUGCUUCUACAAGAGAAAUGUCACAUUUGAAAUGCACAGAAAUCAAGUAAUUCUACAUGCAUCAGUCCUGAAAUAUGUUGAACAAGCAAAUGUGGUUUCUGAUUGCACAAAUGAACUGUACAAAUUCGGGAAAAGAGGAUAUUUUGUUGGAGGCUAUGAAUACAACUUGGAAAAUGCCAGCUGCCGCAUAAUAGAGUACAUUAGCUUGACUCAUGAUGACAUUAACAGAUUUCUACCCUCUAACUCAAUAGAUACGUAUUUGUAUACUUCAUCUAUAGUAUCAUUGGAAGAUAAUAUACCACUCCAUGGCGACACAGAUUUCAUUACAGGAAAUCACGUGUCAGUAGAAAAUAAUAUAUCGCAUAGUGGCAUAGAAUUCGUCAUUGGAAAUCAAGAUAUGCAGUUUGAACCAACAGCUGAAGGAGUUUGUCUGACAACUGUUUUUGUCAUAUUUGGAGUGGUAUCCAGUGGAAUAAUUUUUGCUUCUUUCCUUAAAGACAUUAUACACAGAUCAUAUACGGAAAGAUGCUUUACCAAAAAGCAAACAGAAGAGGAAUUACAAGAGCUGGAUAAAUGCGAUAUCCUAUUUGAAACACCAGAUUUGAAUGAAAUAGGAAUUGUCGAACAUUCUAGAAACAUUCCUCCAACAUCGGUCAGUUUCCUUUGAGGAAAGUUUUAAGACAAUAAUUUCUUGCAGCUUUAAGUGAACACAACUUUAUUAUAACUUAAUUUUUUUCUGCAAUUUACUCUCAAGUUCUUAAUGAAGGAUUAUAAGAUCGCUAUUAGCAUUUUGUUUUACAAAGCAUGUUUGAUGGAAAAGAAAAGAUGUGGUGAAUCUAUUCAUUUCACAAAAUUAAAAAGGAUCUUAAAUUA